AUGGAGCGCGCCGACGCCGCGGAUGUCGACUUUGACUCGCUCAACAAACUCGAGGAGCACGCCUACCGCGAGGGCUACCAGCAGGGCCACGAGCAUGGCGAGCUCCACGGCACGUUUGAAGGCCGCGAGCUGGGACGCGACAAGGGCUUCGAGGCCUGGGAGGAGGUGGGCUUCUACGCCGGCCUUGCCCAGAUGUGGCGCUGCCUGAUUGAGGCGUCGGGCCCGGCCGACAAGCUGUCCCGCAAGCAGCUGAAGCAGCUGCAGCACCUCGGCGCGCUCGAGCGCCUGACGGCGGCGUUUCCCAUGCACAACAAGCCUUCCGACGCUGCCGAUGCCGGCGGCGAGACGUCGGCCGACGCCGAGGCCGGCCAUGACUUGGACGAGGACCUGUCGAAGCUCGAUAUGCUGGCGCUGCUCGAGCGUAUCCGCGCCAGGUACAGGCUCACCUGCUCGGUCCUGGGCAUUCGGCCACGCGGAUCGGCCGCGCCCGCUGCACCGCAGUCGUCGUCGGAGCCCGGUGGCUCGUCUUUCGCACGUGGCGGCGGCGGCUUCCAGGCUCAGAGCAAGACGGUCCUCGUCGCGGGCAGGAUGGUCGACCCGACGCAGCUGGGCUACUGA